GAGAUUUUGAUUGGAUGGUAAUGUUUGCAUAUUUUGUAAAGGGAGGAAUGUUGUGGAGGAAGGUGGAAUUGACUUCAUUUGUCCUUUCUUUAAAGCAUAAGAAGGUCAAGAGACUUGUUUCACAAGACCCCUUUGUUUUGAAGUCCCCAGCUAUCUUUCUUUCUUUCUCUUUCAUUUCAUUUUCUUCUUUCCCUGUAAUUCUAUACUUUUUUGUAGUUGUUUUUUGACCUUACUCAUUUUUUUAAAACAUGAAAUCCUGGGAUCUUGUAACAUUUGUUAGCUGUAAUGGCGGAAGUAGACAUUAGGUGGCAGUACAGUCUCGCAGAGCUAAUUUCAGCCCAAGAAGAAGUGGGCGGAAUGGGAGACACACAGUUACCAUGGCGACCACCACGGGGAUGUGAUGUCUACUGGACCGAAUUCAAACACUGUAAGAGUUUACUCAACCGUUUCCAUCACUACUACACGUACGGGACGUCACCCAUCUGCCUGCAGUGGAAAGACGACUAUGAAGCAUGCAGAGAGUGGGAGACGAACAGGAGUCCACAUGCCAAGGAGAGUCUUCAGAAAAGUGAGCGAAAUCGGAUGUCUGAACAGAAGAAUUUCCCUCCAUUUUGGGAGAUGAGACAAAAACCACCAGCUGACUGGCAUUUGCCUCUUAAUGAUGACAAAUUAAAAGAUUCUUGAAGGCACAAAAAACAGCAUUAAGUAUAUUGAAUGUUUCUUCCCCCCCCCAGUCUGCCAUUGUUUCUCUGGGUAGCAUCUAACAUCCAAGACCUAUUCUGUUGACCCAUGUGCUUCACGGUGUUUCUGAAUUUUUUCAAAAUCAGUACUUGUAUGUUGUUCAUUAAUUCUGUAUAAAUACAGUCACACAGAUGCUUCAGGUAUUUUCAGAAGUAACUGAGUGUCAGCUAGUUAGAAUGGUUUAAACAGUUCAAUUUGAUUUCAGAUGAUAGUGAUAUUACACCGAAACUGUAAAGUUGAAUGCAUGCGUGACUUUUAUUUCUUAAAUAAAGACCUUAUUGAAAAUA